AUCAAAACAAAACAAAGUUCGCGAAGUGGUGAUAAAAAUGGAUAUUUUUAGGAUUUAUUUGUAAUUAUUCGUGAGUUUUCAUUAGUGAAGCCAUGCUAAAAGUGGUGGAAAAAUGUCCAGGCCUGUACUGUGGCCGGACACUGCUGGAGAAUGCAUCGUACAGCGACUGCGGCGCUUGCAUGCGAGGAUAUCGCGUCGACAAGCAGUUCGUUUGUUCCCCGUGCCAAAACGACCUCAGUGAGUACGACUGGCUGUAUCUGGGCUUCAUGGCCAUACUCCCGUUAAUCAUCCACUGGUUCUGUAUCGAUCUGAACCGGCAAAAUCAGAGGAAGUUUACGAAAGGUGAAAUGAUUCUGCACGCGAGUGCUUGUAUCGAGGUGCUGCUUUCGGCGUUCCUUACCAUCCUCUUCACGGAUCCAAUCUGGGAACUGCGAAUCAAUUCCUGUGGGGUGCGUCUGCUGUCCGAUUGGUACACGCUGUUCCACAAUCCGACACCGAACUACGAGACGACGCUGUACUGCACCCAGGAAGCGGUUUACCCGCGGCAAACGAUGAUCUUCGUGUUUUAUCUGUUUUGCGUUACGUUUAUGAUGAUUAUCAGACCGAUACUGAACGCAAGAGCUCUCCCUGUUUGCGGGAAGAUGGCCGUGUAUUAUGCGUUGUACAUCUUUCCAAUACUGUCCCUGCUCCACGCUGUGGCCGGUGGGCUUAUUUAUUAUCUCUUCCCCUAUCUGAGCAUUGUAAUCUCGGUGGUGUCGAAUGCACUGCAUUUUUCGUUUAAACUAGACCAAUCGAUGAAAGCCCUGUUGGAAAACUCAGUUACUCAGAUGCGCAACGUAACUAUCAUACUGGGCCAUUGGUUACUGCUGGCGUACGGUAUCAUUUCGAUUCGGUAUGAUAUUUCUUACUUUUCCCUGUUGCUCGUGCCCGUUCCGGCUCUAUUUUACAUCUUUACCGCGAAGUACACCGACCCGGAUAACUUUAAGUGAAUUCCAGAUUUUAGAAGCCUAGUUUUAGGUAUGUAUUAAAAAUUGUAUAUUAAGUUAGUCGCAGUGUGAUAAUACUUCUAAUUUGUUUAAAAA